AGCGGCUGGGCGCCGCGGGCCGCACAUGGCAGUGUGACCGCAGGAUUAUGUGUCUGUCCCCUUGUUCAGGGCGGUGUGCGGAAGAUGGAGCGCGCGGUAGAGCCCUGGGACCCGGAUCUCCGUGACCCGGAGGAGAGGGAGCAGCUGAGAGGCGCCGGCACAGGUCUAGGGAUUGAAACUGUGGAGAUAUCUGAUCAGGAUGACUUUGAACAGAGUCCACAGGACGCUGACUUGAGGUUCAAGGAAGAAGAAGAUUUGAUCUCAGUACAUGAAGUAGGAAAUGCCUCUCUCAAACACGAAGGCAUCCAUACCUGGGAUGACUUAUGGGUUGAGGGAGAGGAGCUAGGAAAGCCUCAGCCUCGGGACAGAGGCCCCCAGCUCCUGGGAGAAUCACAUUGGGGCCAGGCAAGUAGUGAUCGGGCCGCUGUGUGUGGUGAGUGUGGCAAAUGUUUCCGGCAGAUGUCAGAUUUGGUGAAACACCAGCGGACCCACACUGGAGAGAAACCCUACAAGUGCGGGGUCUGUGGCAAGGGCUUUGGGGAUAGUUCUGCUCGUAUCAAACACCAGCGAACUCAUAGUGGUGAGAAGCCUUGUAGGGCCCAGCCUCCAGCCCAGGGUCCCUCAAAGAUGGCUCGGCCCAGGAUGCCUGCUGGUGAGCGCCCCACUAUCUGCGGUGAAUGUGGCAAGAGCUUCCGCCAGAGUUCUGACCUGGUGAAACAUCAGCGGACCCACACUGGUGAGAAGCCCUACAAAUGUGGCGUCUGUGGCAAGGGUUUUGGCGACAGUUCUGCCCGCAUAAAGCACCAGCGGACACACCCCGGAGAGCAGCCCCCACAGCCACCGCCCCGCCGGCAGCUAUCUCAGGCAGCCCUGGCAGCUGCCCAGGCCCAGAUCAAGCCAUAUGUCUGCACUGAUUGUGGCAAAAGGUUUGUGCUCGGCUGUAGCCUUUUGAGCCACCAGCGCAGUCACCUGGGGCCUAAGCCCUUUGGCUGUGAUGUGUGUGGGAAGGAAUUUGCUCGGGGCUCAGACCUGGUGAAACACCUGCGGGUUCACACAGGAGAGAAGCCCUACCUAUGCCCUGAGUGUGGCAAGGGCUUUGCUGACAGCUCUGCUCGGGUCAAGCACCUCCGUACCCACAGCGGUGAGAGGCCCCAUGCCUGCCCAGAAUGCGACCGUACCUUCAGCCUCAGCUCCACCCUUCUGCGCCACCGCCUCACUCACAUGGAGCCCCAGGACUUCAGCUUCCCAGGCUACCCUCUGCCCACUCUGAUCCCCAGCCCACCCCCACCUCCUCUUGGCACCAGCCCCCCGCUGACACCUCGAAGCCCUUCACGGUCAGGUGAUGGGCCUUUUGGCCUGCCUGGCCUGGGGUCAGAGCCUGGGGGCCCCCAGGCAGGGGAGCCACCCCCACCACUGGAGUAUGACAAGCCGCACAAGUGCCCCGAGUGUGGCAAGGGCUUCCGCCGAACCUCUGACCUGGUGAAACACCAUCGAGUGCACACAGGGGAGAAACCCUACCUCUGUCCUGAAUGUGGCAAGGGUUUUGCUGACAGCUCGGCCAGAGUCAAGCACCUCCGCACCCACCGUGAACGGGCCCAGCCACCACCACCAUCCACUCUCCUACGGCCACAUAACCCACCUGGUCUAGCACCCUCAGCCCCUCGAGCUGGAGUCCGGGCCCAGUCCUCUGGACCCAGCCGUCUCCAUGUAUGUGGCUUCUGUGGGAAGGAGUUCCCCCGAAACUCGGAUCUGGUCAAACACAGGCGCACACACACUGGGGAGAAGCCAUACAAGUGUUCAGAGUGUGGCAAGGGUUUUGGUGACAGUUCUGCCCGAAUCAAGCACCAGCGGGGGCACAUGGUCCUGAAGCCCUUUGCCAUAGGGCAUGAUGGUCGACCAAGGCCCCUGAAGGAAGAGCCACCAACAGAACUGGAAACGGUCGGACCAAUGAUCGGUCGUCCCUGGGGCCCCGCCCCCUCCCCGCCCCCGGAGCCGCGGCCUCCCAGAGUGCCCAACCGCCCGGCGCCCAGGCCUGGGGCAGCUCGAGCGCCGAACCUUCGGCUGGACACCAAGAUGCCUGGCGAGCAGCAGGCAGAGGAGGAGGAGGAGGAAGAGAUGCAGGAGGAGAUGGUGCUGCUGGUGAAGGGUGAGGAGGAUGAGGGUGAAGAGAAGUACGAAGUGGUGAAACUCAAGAUCCCCGUGGACAACAAGGAGGUCCCGACCGAGGCGCCAGCGCAGCCAGUCGACCCGGCGCGCCCCCACGCGUGCCCAGACUGCGGUCGCGCCUUUGCACGGCGGUCCACGCUGGCCAAGCAUUCACGCACGCACACAGGCGAACGGCCCUUCGCGUGCACCGUGUGCGGCCGGCGUUUCUCUCAGAAGUCGGCGCUGACCAAACACGGCCGCACGCACACAGGCGAGCGGCCCUACGAGUGCCCAGAGUGCGACAAGCGCUUCUCCGCCGCCUCGAACCUGCGGCAGCACCGGCGGCGCCACACUGGCGAGAAGCCGUACGCGUGCCCGGACUGCGGACGCGCAUUCGGCGGCAGUUCGUGCCUGGCGCGCCACCGACGCACGCACACGGGCGAGCGGCCGUACGCAUGCGCCGACUGCGGCACGCGCUUCGCGCAGAGCUCGGCGCUGGCCAAGCACAGGCGCGUGCACACGGGCGAGAAGCCGUACGCGUGCCCGGACUGCGGACGCGCAUUCGGCGGCAGUUCGUGCCUGGCGCGCCACCGACGCACGCACACGGGCGAGCGGCCGUACGCAUGCGCCGACUGCGGCACGCGCUUCGCGCAGAGCUCGGCGCUGGCCAAGCACAGGCGCGUGCACACGGGCGAGAAGCCGUACGCGUGCCCGGACUGCGGACGCGCAUUCGGCGGCAGUUCGUGCCUGGCGCGCCACCGACGCACGCACACGGGCGAGCGGCCGUACGCAUGCGCCGACUGCGGCACGCGCUUCGCGCAGAGCUCGGCGCUGGCCAAGCACAGGCGCGUGCACACGGGCGAGAAGCCGUACGCGUGCCCGGACUGCGGACGCGCAUUCGGCGGCAGUUCGUGCCUGGCGCGCCACCGACGCACGCACACGGGCGAGCGGCCCUACCCGUGCGCGGAGUGCGGCCGCCGCUUCCGUCUCAGCUCGCACUUCAUCCGCCAUCGGCGCGCGCACAUGAGGCGCCGCCUCUUUAUCUGCGCGGGCUGUGGCCGGGACUUCAAGUUACCCGCUGGCGCCUCGGCCACCACUGCCACCGAGCGCUGCCCGGAGUGCGAGGGCAGCUGAGCUGCCAUUCCUGCCGCUGCGGGGCUGCGAGCGUCCGGCCGGGGAGGGGCACGCUGGGACUCCUGUUUGGCUGCGUUAACCUGGAUGACUCCUCCCUCCUCGCCCUGGCACCCGGGUCUGGGAAAGGGUGGGACGGCAGGCGUGGAACUGGGAGACGGGAAAAGCCCCUACCAGGGUCCCUGGAAACCGUGCCCACCUUCCCUUUACUACAUUCCCUUGGCCCGUGUUAGUGAAUAAAGUAUGCAUAUCAUCA